AUGGUUUUAACUUUAGUCAAGAUGGGAUCUAGCAAGAUGGAAUCAACACUAGAGAAGAUUGAUUUUGAAUCUGACGAAGAGAGCCCGUUAACUUUAUCACAAUCCGCAGGUGCAAAGCAAUCUUUUCAGUUCGAGACAUCAUCUCAUACAUCUGUCCCCAAAUUCCGCACCCUCAGAAAGCUUCAAUUCACUGCUUUUCAUAGCGUGUAUGUUGUCUUAUUCAAAGCAAAGAUCAAUGUCUUGCUUCCUUUCGGACCUCUGGCAGUAUUGAUGCACUACAUGACAGGACGACAUGGAUGGGUUUUCUUUUUCAGCUUACUGGGAAUUACACCUUUAGCUGAACGGCUAGGUUAUGCAACUGAGCAGCUUGCAUGUUAUACAGGGAAUACAGUUGGAGGUCUGCUAAAUGCCACAUUUGGCAAUGCAACAGAAAUGAUUAUUUCAAUAUAUGCAUUAAAAAACGGGAUGAUUAGGGUUGUUCAACAAUCAUUGUUAGGAUCCAUCUUAUCAAACAUGCUGUUAGUUCUUGGUUGUGCUUUCUUUACUGGUGGCAUUGUGCAUUAUCCAAAAGUUCAACGUUUCAACCAGACAGCUGCAAUAGUUAGUUCAGGGCUGCUGCUGAUGGCUGUAAUGGGAAUCCUCUUUCCAGCUGUUCUUCAUUUUACACAUACAGAAGUUCAUUUUGGGAAAUCAGAAUUAGCACUUUCAAGAUUCAGUAGCUGUAUCAUGUUGGUGGCAUAUGCAAGCUAUCUUUUCUUUCAGCUUAAGAGUCAUGCUAAUCUUUAUGAUUCUGUUGAUGAGGAAAGAGAAAAUGAUGGUGAUGAACCUGAGGAAGAAGAGGUCCCUGAAAUUACUAUGUGGGAAGCAAUUGCUUGGCUUACCAUUUUAACAUUGUGGGUGUCUGUAUUAUCUGGAUAUCUUGUUGAUGCCAUUCAGGGUGCAUCAGACUCAUGGAAUAUGCCAGUGUCUUUUAUUAGUGUAAUCUUGCUUCCUAUUGUUGGUAAUGCUGCUGAACAUGCAAGUGCCAUAAUGUUUGCCAUGAAAGACAAGCUUGACAUCACACUUGGAGUAGCAAUUGGAUCAUCAACUCAGAUAUCAAUGUUUGUGAUCCCAUUUUGUGUGGUUGUGGGGUGGAUCAUGGGUCAACCAAUGGACUUGAAUUUUCAGCUCUUUGAAACUGCUUCUCUCUUUAUCACAGUGUUAGUCGUGGCAUUUAUGCUACAGGAAGGAACAUCAAAUUACUUCAAAGGGUUGAUGCUAAUUCUGUGUUAUCUCAUUGUUGCUGCAAGUUUCUUUGUACACAUUGAUAAUAAAUCGGAUGAUGACUAGGUAGGUGGAGAUGAUGAAGGGUUGUAAUUUUGUGAGGGGAGGCUACACAUGUAUGUUCAUAUGGGAAAGAGCAUCAAAAAGGAAGGAUAUGGUGUGUAGUAAGGCUAAGGGUAAAACUGUCAAAAUCAUUUAUUAAAUGAAGCCGAGCCUGCGUCACAUGUUUCUUUUAAUUGUUCUGUUAUCCAUUGUCAAGUACAUGUAAAAAUCCGCAUGUUUCCGUUUUAUACAACACAAUUUAAUGCUAAACAUUUAAUAAACUUCUUUUUUGGUUCG